AUGUAUUAUUACUUGCCGGACAAACGAAACACAGAAGAAUAUUGUCAGAAUGCCCCCGAAAGGACACAUGUUGCUAGCUCAACUUUUAAACCAGAUAAAUCAGACGAGGACCUCUCAUCCCGCAUUGUAAUCCAGAGGACGGGCGGGAACAGGUGCGAAAACCCCACCGACAGAUUUACGACCCUAAGGCGAAGGGAAAAUAUUACUAAAGUUAAGCCUGAGUUCGUCCGAGCGUUGAGGACGGAUGUGCACGAAAAACUGGACAAUGGCACAGUUAUAAAGUCUAUCGCCGAAGACGAGACAAUCAGCCUAUCCUGUGAGGCGGGGGGUGCAAAACCUAUACCAACCGUUCAAUGGUGGAAUGGAACUUCACAGAUCAAAGCGCACCGUUUUGUGACUACACCGUUUAAGAGAAUCCGUGCUUAG